CGGUUUAUCAGGAAGGCUGCCGGCUCGGCAGUUGGUGCUCCUUGGUUGGUGCCUCGGGCUUUUAUUGUCGCCACGAGCAAGCGCUGCUCACACCAUGGCUCGGGUCCCGACUACGCCACAGCCCCUCGGGAGACGUGGGCCCUCGGAGCCUCUUUAGUGCUGGAGCUUGGGCCGCAGGCAGCUCCGCGGCGGCGGAAGAACAGAACCUCUGGAAUGGCUGGACUCUUCCCAGGCGGCUUUGCUAAUGUGCAGCAGCUGGACAAUGUUCCUCAUUAAUAACUGUCUGUCAGCAUAAUCGUCACAUCAUUUCACACUGGUGGCAGGGACUCAACCUGGAAUUCUGUAUAGAAAAAGCACCUGGAUCCCAAUCUUUCAAUGGCUUCGAGACAACCAGAAGUGCCUGCUCUUGAGCCUAGUGGGCCUCUAGGCAAGAUGUCCCUGCCCAUUGGGAUGUACCGCCGGGCAUUCAGCUAUGAUGAUGCCCUCGAGGACCCUACGCCCAUGACUCCCCCUCCAUCGGACAUGGGCAGCAUCCCCUGGAAGCCAGUGAUUCCAGAGCGCAAGUAUCAGGACCUCGCCAAGGUGGAGGAAGGAGAGGCCAGUGUUUCCUCCCCUGCCAUGACCCUGUCACCGGCCAUUGACAGUAUGGACAAGGUCCCUGUGGUGAAGGCUAAAGCUACUCGUGUCAUCAUGAAUUCUCUGAUCACAAAACAGACCCAGGAGAGCAUUCAGCGUUUUGAGCAACAGGCAGGGCUGACAGAUGCUGGCUACACACCCCACAAGGGCCUGACCACUGAGGAGACCAAGUACCUUCGAGUGGCAGAAGCACUCCACAAACUAAAGCUACAGAGUGGAGAGAUAGCAAGAGAAGAGAAGCAGCCAGCUUCCGCCCAGUCCACCCCAGGCAGCACCCCUCACUCCUCCCCUAAGCAGAAGACCAGAGGCUGGUUCACUUCUGGUUCUUCCACAGCCUUACCUGGCCCAAAUCUUAGCACCAUGGAUUCUGGAAGCGGGGAUAAAGACAGAAUCCUGGCAGAUAAAUGGAGCCUCUUUGGACCAAGAUCCCUCCAGAAGUCUGAUUUGGGAGGAUUUGCCACCCAGGCCUACAGAGGAGUCCAGAAGCCUUCUCCAAUGGAACUGAUCCAUGCGCAGGCCACCCGAAUGGCCGAAGAUCCAGCAACCUUCAAGCCACCCAAGAUGGACCUCCCAGUGAUAGAAGGGAAGAAACAACCGCCACGGACCCAUAAUCUCAAACCCCGUGACUUGAAUGUGCUCACGCCCACUGGCUUCUAGAGCUAUUUCUAUUCCAGGGACUCUGGAUAGGGGGUGUCUUGUGCUCAGUUCCCCUUUUACCUUGGCUCUGACAUAGGAAAGGUGUUUUUUGUUUUUUUUUUUAAACUCUUAAACUGAGGCUAGAGCUGGAGAUAUAAUUGGUUUUUGAGAAACAUUAGUGCAAAGCUUGUCCUUGUGUGGAAGAAGCCAUUUUGUAUUGCUUUAAAGUUAGACUAAAUAAUCUCAGCAGUGAUGUAUGGGGGACCUCAUUACCUAUUUUUGUAUCAUUUACCCUAGACAAGAACUUUGAUCAUUGCUUACUAGGUAAUGUUUGUGUUGUUCCAAAACUGAGGCUUCUUGAUUCCCUUACCGCUAUCACCCUGAGCAUGCACAAGUCAUGGAGUAGAGGUGUUCACUGACUAGUUUAGACAACUUGGGCCCUCUUGACUGUGCUGGUAUGGGGUGCUCCAGCCUUGUCAGUGAGGGAGACCUAAGGUCUGUUUGAGAUCAGGUAUAGUUAAAAGCCAGACUUGGUAGGGACCCCUCCUCCUGCAAUGAAGCUGGAGUCUGCUUCUUGGCAGACCUGCUGGGUCACUCGUCCUGCAACCAGUUCUGACUGUAGUACCCCUGGGCCAUGCUGUUGGAGAGAUGCUUCUCUUUUAUGGGUCACAGAACAAACACUAGUAUUGCAUAUCUUUUGUUGCACUUUAAAGUGAGAUUAAUUUAACUCCAAUUUGGUUGAAAACUUCCUAUGGGAGAAAAUUCAGUCUACUGGUUUGGUAUGGAUAAAUGGAUGUUAAACUUUUUUCAAGUAAAGAAGGUGGUAACUACAGUUAGAUUAUAGCGUUGAGGUUCGUGUGAAACUAACGUCACCCUAUUUUGAUUUCCUUGUUCAGGCCAGGACCUGAAACUUUUUUCUGGGAGGUGGAAGAAUUAAAAAAAUGUUCUGUAUGCAAUCAUUUUUCCCUAAAAUGAGCCUCCUACCAUCAUAUAAACUUAACUUUACUGAGGAAACGAACUCGGGAAGCCACCGUGUCACUUCUCCUCACUGUACACGUUCAGUUGUUGUCUUGAACACUGUCUUACAUUCCUGCUGUCUUUGGCUUUGGACAGGAUUGUGUCUACAUUAGGAGCUGAGCUGACCUUUCCAGAGAGGACCUGGAGUCUAAAAUGACCAGAACAAUUAAUUUAUUUAUGUCUUCUGUUAUGCUUGUAUCUCUUGUUUUGACAAUAAAAAUCCUUACUGCUUUC